AUGGACUACGAUAUCUCCCUGAUGAUGCUGGGGGCCUUCACCGGCACCAGCAACACUGCCGGCACCGGCUCGGCGAGCCAGGGGAAGAACAGCACCGGCGGCGGCAGCAGUAGCAGCGGCACCCGGCACCGCGGUGCCCUUCUCCUCGACCGGGUGAUGGAGGACCACCCAAUCUCGCGGCAGGCCAGCGAGGGCAGCAGCCGGCUGCUAGCACUGCCGGCGGAGAUCCUGGCGGAGAUCCUGGACCUGCUGGCGGGCGACGCGCGGGCGCUGGGGGCGCUGGCGCUGGCGAGCUCCGACUGCCGGCAGCUGGCGCGGUCGCGGCAGUUCGCCGCCGUGCGCUUCGACUACAGCCCGUGGGCCCAGGAGCUGGCGCGCGCGCUGGCCGACGAGCUCGCCGCGCGCGUGCGCGACCGCGACCGCGGCGGGCCCGGUGCCGCCCCGCGCCCCGCCAUCGGCGCCUGCGUCCGCUCCUUCGUCAUGGCCUCCACCCCGAACUGGCUCGCCGCCCACAACCGCCCGCUCUUCGACUCCGUCUGGGGCACCGCCGCCGAGGCCCCGCUGGCGCCUGCCCCUGCUCCUGCUGCGCCCUCUGACGCUAGCACUGCUGCUACUAGCACGGCCACCGCCGCUCCGUCCUCGGCUUCUUCUCCGCCCUCGUCCGCACCGUCUUCGACGCCAUCGGAACCCUACCGCUACCGCCCGGGCAUCACGCAGGCCGACCGCGAGCGGCUGCGCGAGGACGCGAACCGCAGCUACGCGCGCGCCCGCAACGUCGUGCAGAUGGUGCUCGGCUGCGGGAUGCCGCACCUCGAGGCCAUAGAGUGGCGCGACGCCCAUCCCAUCGACGACGUCCGCUUCUUCCGCUUCCUCGCCCGCUCGCCCGCCCGCCACCUGCGCCUGCACCGCCUCGCCGUCGACGCCCGCGCCGCCCGCGCCUUCGUCGAUGUGUUCGCGCCGCUCGCCGACGCCGCCGCCGCCUCCGGGUCCGCGUCCGCCGUUUGGCCCCUGCGCUCGCUCGCGCUCGACGUCCGCCUCACCACCAAGUUGCCCGCGGCGGCGGCGAGGGCGAGGGGGCGAGAGCCAGAGCCGGAUCCGUCGCCCGACGCGGAACCCCCCGGCUCGCUACCCGACGACGCCGUGCUGCCCCGCUUCUUCGAGACCUUCCUCCGCCUGUGCGCCCCGACGCUCGAGUCCCUCACGUGGGAGCACAUGCACUUCCGGAAGGGCGGGGCCGGCGACGGGCCGGAGACGCUCUCGCUCGGCAGCGACGACGACGACGAUAAGAACGCCAACGCUACGCAGCGCCCGUGCCUCGCGUUCCCCCGCCUCACCACCCUGCGCCUGCGCUGGAUCGACCUAUCGACGGCGGCGCUUGGCACGCUCCUGCGCGCGCCCCUGCGACACCUACUACUGCCGCCGCCACCGCCGCAGUCGACGCCCACGCCCGCACAGCUGGCGGACGCCGCGCCCGAGGACCGGCUCGCGGCAGCGCUCGACACAGCGCCGCUGCUGCGCGACCUGCAGACGCUCGUGAUCCCGAGCCUACGGCUAUCACGCGCCAACGCGGGCCGCGUGGCGCGCUUCGUAGGGCGGCAGGCGGGCGGCCUCGCGCGGCUGUCGGUCGCGGAGCCGAUGGAGGCGCGCGGCGCCGACGCGCGGCUCGACGAGUUCAUCGUGCCGCUGCUGGCGGCGGGGCCCGACGGCGGCUUCGUGGGCCUACGCUCGCUGUCGCUGGCAUGGGGAGGCGGCAGCGUCGGCGCGGACGACGGCGACGGCUGGGGCGGGGGCCGCGCCGUCCGCGUGCCCGCCGCGUCGCUGCGCGCCCUCGGCCGCCUCCCCGCCCUCGAGCAGCUCAGCCUGCGCGCCGGCGUGUCCGUCGGCUGGCGCGCCCAGUGGCUCGUCGACCACGACGCGCUGCGCGCGAGCCUCGCCGGGCUCACGCGGCUGCGGCGGCUGGCGCUCUCGCGCGACACGUACGCGGUGGUGGUUAGCGAGGAGGAAGAGGAGGAAGAGGGAGAGCAGCAGGAGGUCGAGGAGUACUACACGAACCGGCGGGUCGGGGCGCGCGAAUUCGCGGACGCGGCGGCGCGGCCGGAGCUAGAUGGCGGCGGGGGCUGCGGGGACGGCAACGACGACGACGACGACGACGACGACGCCGUCGCGUACGUCGCCGAUGAGGACGACGGCUACAUGGUCCGCGCGAGCCUCGGCCGCGUCUGGGAGCGCGCCCACCGCAACCGCAUGCUCACCGAGGCCGAGCGCUACGCCGCUGCCCUGCCGAGCCUCGAGUGGGCGUAUCUCGGGCAGCGGCCGAUGGAGAUUGUCGAGGAGCAGGAAAUGGAGGGGGGAGGAGAGAGGAGAAAGCGAGCCCGCCCCACGACACGCCACCGCGACGACUGCUACGCGCUCCUCGAGGAGAUGUUCGGGAUGCCGGCGGAGGCGUGA